AAACAAAUAUCAUCAUCUCCCAAACUCUAGACAUGAAAGCAAUGAAGCAUGGAGUCUGUACAUGGUUUAUCUUCGCCAUCUUCAUCAUCGUCUGUCCAUCAAUUUCAGUUCCAUCGCCGAAUACCGGUCGAACAAUUGUCUUGCUCAUGAAUGAUGUACUUGGGAACAAAGGCCAAUCGGAAGCUCCAGUAUCAUCAAACAAUGGCCAUCAUCGGUACUCUCCCAAACCCGCAACUUUCUCAUCACCAAAAAAUGGAGUUCCUUCCCAUCACUCAAGUAUGGGCAGAGCUAGCAGUAGCUCCUCAGCGAGCUGGCUACCAUUCCUUGGGAGGCUACAAACAUUAGAACCGGGCAUGGUAACAGUAAUCAAUGAGGAAUUACUCAUCGGCUCACAAUUGCAAGGCAAAAUACAAGGAAUCUACGUGAUGAGCUCGGAGAACAAAAACAGCAGCAUGGUAGCGAUGAAAGCCAUGUUUAAUGGCAAUAACAAGGACUCAACAGACAGCCUACGAUUCUUUGGUCUAUAUCAACCAGCCCUCAAUGAGUCUCACAUUGCCGUGAUCGGAGGAACAGGGAGGUAUCAAGAUGCAAAUGGGUAUGCAAUUGUUAGAUCAAUUCCGGGUUCUAUAAAAGUUCUUUUAUUCACUGUCUAUCUUAAAUAACUUUGUUCGAGUUUCUGACAUAUAU